UACGUCAGCAGGUGCCCCUUCGGUGCUGUGUGCAUCAAGUAGCUCAAAUUCUACCUGACUAUGUUUUGAUUUUGUAUUGGAAUGUUUACAUGUGUGUAUUUUGUGUCACGAUGAAAACAAUAGUAAAUCGUAAACUUUGGAAUGUAAAUUUUAUUUGGAUUAUUGCAUGAUUGUUGAAAUUUUAGGAUAAUUAUUAUAAAUCUGUGUAAGACGUCAGUGCCUUAACUUAGCUCGUUUGAUAUCCAAAAUGGACGUUCAACCUGUGGAUAUAGAUCCAAACUUUGAGCCACAAACUAGAGUCAGGAGUAACACAUGGCCAUGCAGGCCACGGGAGGUUAUAGCCGAUGCUCAGUGUUCACCUGUGUCGGACGAAUCCGUAUCGGGGGAUCCACAUAAACCGGAGAAUAAUGGUCUAAAAACAAAAUCAUCUUCACGUCGAAAUGCAUGGGGAAAUCUCUCUUACGCUGACCUAAUUACUAAAGCUAUUCAAAAUUCACCAGAGCAGAGGUUGACCUUGUCUCAGAUUUAUGACUGGAUGGUGCAGAAUGUCCCAUAUUUCAAAGACAAAGGUGACAGCACCAGCUCAGCUGGUUGGAAGAAUUCCAUUCGACACAAUUUGUCCCUACACAGUCGAUUUAUGAGAAUUCAAAAUGAAGGGACUGGUAAGAGCUCAUGGUGGGUUCUCAACCCAGAUGCUAAACCUGGGAAAACACCUCGCCGACGAGCAGGUAGUAUGGAAACUAAAAGCUAUGAAAAAAGACGCGGUCGUGUUAAAAAGAAGGUUGAAGCUGUCAGAGCAGCCAUGGAAAAUAUCAUGAAUGGUUCACCUUCUGGAGAUGACUUUUUAAGUGAUUCACCGCUUGGCUUUCAACUUAGCCCUGAAUUCAGACCUCGGGCAAGUUCUAAUGCAAGUAGUUGUGGACGAUUGUCACCUAUUCAGGCAGCUCAUGAACCCGAUCUCCAUGACAGUCAAGUGCCACCUAUGUCCCCCAUUCCUUGGGGUUCUGAAUUUGACUCUAUAGAUGAUACAAUUGGUCAGUAUGAUGACCAGUUAGUUGACACUUUAGUAGGAAGUAUGAAGUUGUGUGAGUCUACGAAGAUUGGAUUGGGUAGCGAUAAUAACAUUGGUAACGUUGAACAGAAUGACAUUGAAAUGAGCUUCGAUGGAACUGUGCCCUUGACACAGUUGCUAUCCAAUAGUUCUGAUAGGAUUAACUUAACUAACGUGCCCUUGUCCCAGUUUAAUCAAAGUGCCAACAGAGACACAGCUCAGUAUCGUAACCUUCCAGCCCCUCCUGCAUAUCCCGGUGAUUCUAUGCGAAGAAGUCCACUACAACAGCAGCCAAGCCUGGAACAGUUAGGUUUACAAAAUGGAGGCUCAUUUGAUUUAGGCCUCCAGAGACAAAACAGUGGUAAUUUAGGUAUGAAUUAUGGAGGUCAGCAAAAUUCUAUGUUUACACAGCAAGAUUAUAAUCAGAUUCCACGGAUGAAUUCACAAUUGAGCCAACAGUUGAGUCAAUUAAAUGUGAAUACGCAACAACAGAUGCAGUCACCUGCUCGUUCCCCACAACAAUCACAUCAACAAAUCAGUCCUAAUUACGGUAACCAACGCAGCUACGGGUCUCCUCAGCAGCAGUCUCCGCAGAACAAACAAAUUUCAAAUCAGCUUCAGAAUCAGGCACAGCAACAACAACAAGCAGGUGAAAGAUCUCUUCUUCAACGUUGUUUGGAAGCACCCUCAGAUUCACUUCUCAGAGCCGCCUUAACACAAAAAAACACUCAGGGUUUCAUAAAUAUGUCAGAUAAUCUGCCAAAUACAUCAAUGUAUAAUAAUACUGGAUAUGAAAAUCGUCAGAUCAUGUCACCGGGAUUGCAGCUAAAUAAUAACGGGCUCAAUAAUAAUCUUAUAAACAUGCCUUUACAACCAAACAGGGUUGGAAUGAUGAAUACAUCGGCUGGGAACAUGCAGAUUUCACAGCAACAAAUGCCUGUACAACAAACAAUGCAGGUUCAAAAACCAAACUCGUCAAAUUCGCUUAAUGAAAUAGAAGCAGAUUUCUUUGAACCUCAAGGCUUCGAUAUGGAACAGAUGCUUCAACAUGAGCUCAGUUUAGAGGGAAAUCUUGAUUUCAAUUUUGACCCUACCUCAAAUAAUACAGAUACAAGCCAAAAUUUAGUACGAUGAUGUUAUAGAUCUAUAGUUUAGCUCCGAAGGUUGGAAAUUUAGAAAGAUUAUGAAAAAAAAAUGUUAUGGAAAUGUUUCGUGUGAUAUUGUUUUUGUUUUGUUUGUUAAAGAUCGUCAUGUUGUUGUGAUAUAAAUACUUGUUACUGAUGAAGUUUCGGUUAAUUAUUGGCAGCAUUGGUCAAGCUUGAGCUGUCCAAAUACCCAAAAGACAGACAGGAAAGCAGGUCUUGGUGAAAUAAAUCAAAGUACACAUGUUUAACAUAACAGAAUUGGUUCACUGAGCCUUAUAUGGAUAUGUUAUAUUUUAGUUGUAACUGCAUAUAAAUAUAUAUAUAAGAAAGUCAUGUGAUAGCUAUUUGAUAAAUGAUUGAUUUUAAAUGUUUUUCAUGGUAGUGAUUCUAUUGAAUGAAUGAGUUCAUCUGUCAUUUUUCUCAUCAGAUUUUUUUUCUAAUUUACAAUGAGAAAUUUGUAUGCUUUGAUUUUAAUAAUUGAUAAGAGACAUAAAUUGGUCUGCAAAGUAAUCUAUAUUUAUAAAAUUUUAAAUACUUUUCAUCAUUUUCCAAUAGAUAUGAAUUUCAAUGCUUCUAUUUUAAUACAUAUUGCAAGAGUCGGCUGUUGUGAAAUGUCAUUAACAGACAAGUUCUAUAGUGUGCAAUGCUUCAGAAAGUUUAUUGAACUGAUCUCUAUAAUGUAGGUCAUUGACAGUAUCUGCUGAAAGGGGAGUCAAAUCGGAUUAUUUUGUCAAUCUAAUAAUGCAUUCUGUUAGUUUAAGUCAAGUGUACCAGCUAGAGCAGCUUUCUAAGCAUGCAUCAAUACUUAAAUACCUGCAUAGACAUUUUGAGAUGGGUUAGCAUAUAUUUGGGUCAUAAACUGCCAAUGACCUAAAUCAUUCAUUCUAGCAAAAUCUAUAUAAAGUCAAUUUUGCCCAGUCUCCUGUACAAGGGUUUACUGUAGAAGCUAUUGAUUAUUGUGGAAAAGUUAAAAGAAUCGCAUUUGAAGUGGGACUUAGGAAACGGCUGAAUUACUAGCUAUUAGCAUGAUUUUAAUCUUAGCGAUAUGAAUCAGAUUGAUUAGAAUAAAAUUUAUAUCAGGAAAAGGUGUAAAUUGGGAUAUUCUGAAGGGUAAAACAGUAUCAAUAAAAUUGAUUGUAAGUGCAAUUAAAUAAUUGUAUUGCUGAAAACAUUUAAAUAGCAA